AUAGCUUCGACUCGCUGAUCAGGCUGGAGGGGCACGCCCGACCUCGAUUAACACAACAUUAUCGACGGCUUCAUGCCAAUUGGUUGCGUCUAGUUACCGGAGAUUCCAUGUCUCUCUGUCGCGUCUCCUUCGAAAAUACCGUCCAAAGGAUAUUUCGCUAGGCUCGCUGGAUCUCCCGCGGACAUGGUUUCUCAACAGCCGCCGCCGCGACCCGGCCUGUCCCUAUACGCCAACCUCCUCGAGCCCGAGGGCGAUGCCGCUGCGUCUAUAUCUCGUGCGCCUGUGGUAUCCCAAGAGGCUCUCGACGCUGUAAAGGAGCAAGAAGCCUCCAAGAAACCUGUCGACCCUGCUCUCCGCUUCCAGCCGCACCCGCAGAUCCGUCGCCCCCAACAGAAGAGUCUGAAGCCCAAACCCAACUUUCCCAAAGCCCCCGCGCCGACCAUCGUCGCACAUAUAAGCGGUGCCGCAGCGGCGCCGGCGCCGGCGAAGACCAAGCUAGCCGAUUGGGUGCCCACCGAGGAAGAUGAGUAUAUGUACGGGACUAGCGAGAGGAGGGCACGGGGUGGGCGGAAGAAGAAGAAGAAGGCCGGGGAUACGCCUUUCGAGACCGACUGGGAUGAGAUUUAUGACCCUUCGAGGCCUACAAACGUAGAUGAGUAUUUACGAAGCGACGAGCGCAUCCAGGAGGUGCGCGAAUGGAAGGAUCUCUUGUACAGGCACAGACAACCCGAAAGACAUGGAAGUUGGGACAGCGAAGAGGAAGAAAACAGGUCAAUACAGAACCAAUUUGCGCCCCCAGCCUCAUACUCCUUUGCACCCCCGCCGCCAUCCCCCCCACGAGCUACUAUACCAGACGACAAGACGGGCGAUGAUGCUUUUGCCCGCCGACUGGCCCUCUCUCAAGCCAAUGCACCCCCAUUACAUUCACCAACGCCGCCGCCGCCGCCACCUACCGAGCCAGAGUCUGCAACUAUAUCUCGUGCGCCAGUACGGUACACACAACCGGAGGUGUCCCCUGACCGCCCCGGACCGGACGCGAUAGACGCGAUGGACGAGGAUGAAGACGAAUACGUUCCUCCCGAGCCUAACUCCGAAGAAACAUCCGAGCCUCGCACCAACCGGCCGGGCCAGAAGGGCUUCGCGGCGCGGCUCAUGGCUAAGUACGGGUGGGCCAAAGGGCAGGGCCUGGGCGUCGACUCGAGCGGCAUCGUGCAGCCGCUGCGGGUCCAAGUCGAGAAGCGGAAGAAGAAGCCCGACUCGGAAGGCGGCGGGUGGGCCGAGCCCGGCGGACGGGGCCGCAUCAUCGUCUCGAAGACGGGCAGCGGGUCGCAGUCCGAAAGCAAGUUUGGGCUGAUGAGCAAGGUCGUGGUGCUGCGGAACAUGCUCGAAGGCAUGGAGGACCUCCAGGCCGAGAUGGAGUCCGGGCUGGGGCAGGAGAUCGGCGAGGAGUGCGGCGACAAGUACGGCCGCGUCGAGAGACUGUACAUCGACGUCGAGGGCCGCCGUGUGUACAUCAAAUUCACCGACCAGGUGUCUGCUCUAAGGGCAGUAAACGCCCUCGAAGGCCGCAUAUUUGCUGGGAACACGAUCGAGCCCCAGUUCUACGACAUCGACAAGUUUGAACAGAGGAUCUACGAAUGAAAGACGUGAGGGUUUUCAAACCAGGGAGUGCCCUACCUAGCCUUGGAGAAAGUCGGAAGAGAGAGGUGGGCGAAUCGUUAGGGAGCCCUCGCCUCCGGUGACCCGCAACGGAAUGAUCAACACCCUCCUUUCAUAGUCUGAUUUCAUACGGCCUCAGUGCCUAUUUCUAAGGGCGACAAGAUGGGAAUGUCGAGGGUGGCUGAGUAUGGGCCCGUGUGCGCUCGCG